CUCACCCACCCCCUAUCUCACUUUAUUAGCAGUGUAAUUUAAACAAUGGAUCAGAAUUUCUCAACAGUUCGAGAUGGAAAGCAGCUGCUAGCAGAGAAAGACUCUUCCAAACGCGUGCUGACAGGAUGCUUCCUCUCCCUCCUCAUCUUCACCACGCUGCUAGGCAACACACUGGUGUGUGCCGCCGUCACCAAGUUCCGACAUCUGAGGUCGAAGGUCACCAACUUCUUUGUCAUCUCGCUGGCCAUCUCUGACCUUCUGGUAGCUAUCUUGGUAAUGCCGUGGAAGGCGGCGACUGAGAUCGUGGGGUUUUGGCCGUUUGGUGCAUUCUGCAACGUUUGGGUGGCGUUUGACAUCAUGUGCUCCACCGCCUCCAUCUUGAACCUGUGUGUGAUUAGUGUAGACCGUUACUGGGCCAUCUCGAGCCCGUUCCGCUAUGAACGCAAGAUGACCCCGAAAGUGGCAUGUCUGAUGAUCAGUGUGGCGUGGACCCUGUCAGUCCUCAUCUCCUUCAUUCCUGUUCAGCUUAACUGGCACAAAGCUCAGACCACCAGCUACGCAGAGCUAAAUGGAACGUACCCCGGUGAGCUGCCCCCUGACAACUGCGACUCCAGCCUUAACAGGACCUACGCCAUCUCCUCCUCCCUUAUCAGCUUCUACAUCCCCGUGGCUAUUAUGAUCGUCACCUACACCCGGAUCUACCGGAUCGCCCAGAAACAGAUACGGAGAAUAUCUGCCCUGGAGCGGGCAGCAGAGAGUGCCAAAAACCGUCACAGCAGCAUGGGGAAUAGUUCGAGCAUAGAGAGCGAGAGCUCGUUCAAAAUGUCAUUCAAACGAGAAACCAAAGUCUUAAAGACGCUCUCAGUGAUCAUGGGAGUGUUUGUGUGCUGCUGGUUGCCCUUUUUCAUCCUUAACUGCAUGGUUCCGUUCUGUGAGCCGAACUUGCCGGACGGUGCCACGGACUUCCCCUGCAUCAGCUCCACCACCUUCGAUGUGUUCGUGUGGUUUGGCUGGGCAAACUCCUCGCUCAACCCCAUCAUCUAUGCCUUCAACGCCGACUUCCGCAAGGCCUUCUCCAUCCUCCUGGGCUGCCACCGGCUCUGCCCGGGGAGCAAUGCCAUUGAGAUCGUCAGUAUUAAUAACAACAUGGGCGCCCCUACCUCGAACCCCAACUGUCAGUAUCAGCCCAAGAGUCACAUCCCAAAGGAGGGCAACCAUUCAGCCAGCUAUGUGAUGCCCCACAGCAUCCUGUGUCAGGAGGAGGAGUUACACAAGAAGGACGGAUGCGGAGGGGAGAUCGAGGUGGGCAUGGUAAACAACGCCCUGGAGAAACUCUCGCCAGCCAUCUCUGGGAAUUUAGACAGCGAUACUGAGGUCACACUGGAAAAGAUCAAUCCCAUAACACAGAACGGACAGCAUAAAACCGUGUCAUGUUGAGAAAAGAUGGAGAGGGGUACAUCGAGGCACGUAUGUACACACAAAGGGACGGAAAGCUUACACAGGAGGACAGCAGAAGCAACGAGAGAGACAGAUAUCUUUAUGAACAUGCCUGACAGGGAGACAGUGAGUGGGAUAUACGGGACCUUAAGACUGUCAAAAAAAAUCUACAUGGAAAAACCUACAGAAUGUUUUAAAGUAAAGGCACUUUAUCCUGGAUAUAACUAUCUGCAAAAUACUCUCAGCAUUUAUUGAUGAAAUUGAAAUUUGAUGAUAAAUGUUGA